UUUUUUUAGUUGGCAACGCACUCAAUUUCACCAUGUACACUAGCGGAGCUCGCAAGCCUUUGGUGCGCAUCAUGUUCGACAAGUUCGACACGGACAAGUCGGGCUUUCUCGACAGCGCCGAGCUGAAGAGCCUUUGCUACGAUUUGGGCCACCCGCUGAGCCCGGUUGAGCUCGACCUGGCACUCAAGAUGCUGGACGAGAACGGCGACGGCAAAAUCAGCUAUAACGAGUUUGCACAAUGGUGGCAGCAGCAAGACCGCUUCAACAAGCUGACAUACGACGAGGAGGAGAUUCGCAGCGUCACCGCCGCUGUCAAGUACUUCCAGCACUUUGACAAGGACAAAUCCGGCACAAUUGACGCGAACGAGUUCAAGGCGCUCUACAAGGACUUGCUCAAGAACGGCUUCAGGAUUGGCACUGUCGAGCAGGCCCUGAGCACGCUCGACUCGAACGGCGAUGGCCACGUCUCCCUGCGAGAGUACGUUGACUGGCUUGUUGCCGUCGGCUCGAUCGUCCUUAAGGAGAAGCCCGCUGAAUAAGUUAGUCGUUGCAAGACAUCCCCCCCCUUCGUCUCUCUCGUUUUCUCCUUGUCAAUCUUUUGGCAUUGCUUUGCUCGGUGAAGGAGGGUUGUGUUUCUUGUACAAUGUUGUCCAAAACAAAAACUUGCCGCUUUGUCCUC